AUGGCAGCACCUGGAGCAUUUCCCGCAGGGCAAACAGCCAGAGUAUACAAUGCAGUCUACUCCUCUGUUCAAGUAUUCGAAUGUAUGGUUCGAGGGAUUGCUGUGAUGCGUCGUCGAUCCGACUCGUAUGUGAAUGCCACACAGAUACUAAAAGUGGCUGGGAUAGACAAAGGUCGACGGACCAAGAUUCUCGAGAAGGAAAUUCUGCCUGGCAAACAUGAGAUUGUCCAGGGUGGUUAUGGCAAGUAUCAGGGCACAUGGAUUCCCCUCGAACGAGGUAGAGACGUAGCCGCCCAGUAUGGAGUGGCUUCGUUGCUUGGCCCCCUCUUCGACUAUGUUCCAGCCCCAGCGCCUCUUCAUCCUCGACCCCUUGGCACUACCUCACAUGGUCCAACUUCUGGUUCAAAUCCCCCAUCUUCUGGCUAUUCUUUCCCGCCUGCCCCUAUUGUUUCUCCGCUACCUCCUACUGCUCCUCCUGGGUCUGCGCUCAGACUAUUGGCCCAAGGUCGUGCUCAAGGGUUGUUCACACCUUCGACGCUUGCGAGCUCGCAUCACUCAAAUUCCCCUCCUCAUCCUGGUCAACUUCCUGCCACAUCACCUCACCGCUCCUCGCCUGACCCUAUCUUGGCUAGCUCUUCAGAUAGCACCGCAUCUCGGCAACACUCUCGUCACCCAUCCAACUCCGCGACUAUGGCCGGCGGUCCAAAUGUCAAGCGCCCCCGUCCUCAUGAAAUUCCUUCUCUUGCACCUAGUGUUACGCCCAUCAUUGAUGGGGAGCUUCCGCCAACUAAACGACAGAGGGUACUACCUACGCUUGGGACUGGCCUAAGUGAUACUUGGCCUCCACCUGCCCUUGCUGCUCCUGCCACAAUAGUUCCGAAAGCCCCCGCUGCAUCAUCUCAAUUGUCCCACCCUCCAUGGGCAACAGUUAAGCACGACUCUCCGAAAGGGGGUCGUGCAAGAGCUGUCUUGAUGGCGAUUUAUAGCGAUGCGGACCCUACUCACAUUAUACAACUUCUUACCGCUGUACCUCCUGAGGAAAUGGACAUCAACCUCCCGCUGGAUGAGCAUGGUAAUACUCCGCUUCAUUGGGCUUCUUCGUUGGCUCGAAUAUCCCAUGUGGAAGCCCUUCUUGAUGCUGGCGCUGAUGUUCAAAGAGGAAACGCUGCCGGAGAAACCCCUUUAAUGCGCACGGUGUUAAGUGUCUCUUCGACAAAUGACAAUGCUAUAUCCUCUAUGCUACCUCUCCUUGCCCCUAGUCUUCGAACACUCGAUUCUUCGCACCGCUCCGUGCUCCACCACAUUGCCGAAGUAGCGGGCGUCAAGGGGAGAGCUGCAAGUGCCCGAAUGUAUAUGGAAGCCAUCCUGGAGUGGGUUGCUCGAAACCAGGGCGGGGAGUUCAAGACCUUUGUAGAUUUACAGGACGAGAAUGGCGAUACCGCAUUAUGUGUAGCUGCUCGGGUCGGUAAUCGAGCACUUGUUCGUAUGUUGGUCGACGUUGGAGCCGACAGGGGGAUCGCGAAUAAGCUAGGCCUCCGCCCCGGAGAUUUCGGCGUCGAAGGACAAAAUCUCCAAGUUGGUAGUAUGGAAGAGGUACUUAGUGCACUCCGCUCACGCCCCUCAGUCCCAGUUCAGCGUUCUCAAGAUAUUAUUCAUGAUUUAACCUCUAUGAUCCAAUCGUUAACGUCGGACUUUCAUUCCGAAAUAAAAUCCAAACAAGACUCACUGGAUGUAGCUCAAGCCCAUCUGCGCGCGGCAACUCGAGAGCUAGCUGACCAACGCAGGCACAUUGCUGCUGCUCAGGUACGGCUGGCUGCUUUGGAUCAAGCACGACAGCGGGCUCGCAACGUGUCUCGGACCAUUAAAGACGAAGUCUCCUUCGAUUGGACGGGUCGGACUGAAGUGAACGGCACCCCUGCGCACGCCUCAAGGGGGAUCGCAUUCCAGUAUAGGGGGCCAUCGUCGACGCUCGCCGCAGAAACAGUAGUAUCCGUCGAGGAUGUACCUCGAGCAGAAACCGCGGCCGCCAUUGGGGAUAAUUCCGCGAAUUUAGACAUCAACCCCUCGAGUCUGAAUGUGGACCCCCCUAUGCCUGCCCCAGGAAGCGAUACUAUUGCCACCCUUGUGAGAUUACGUCGGUUGAAGAUGUGGCAUACUCGAAUUGAGGAACUCGUACGAGAAAGGAUGGACGCUACUCGGGGCGCGGGAGCAGAGAAAGAGUUUCAAUGCAAAAAGAUUGUGUCCCUGUGUACCGGAGUUCCUGUUGACCUGGUUGAAUCCAUGUUGGAAAACUUGCUGAUUGCUGUGGAGAGCGAUGGUCAGGGUGUUGACCUCAAUCGCGUUGCUGGAUUUAUGCAAAAGGUUAGAGACGGGGGCCUCUGA